UAAAAAAUGGUGGGAUUUUGGUGAUUUUAAUUUUCUUUGGAAAAUCAAUAAAUUGACACUUUUCGGGUGCGUUUGAUGGAAGUGAUCCUCCGGGAGGGGCGGAGCUAUCUCCCCAAUAACAGCAGACACACCGAGAAAUACUUCGGAGUACUUCAAAGUACUGCGAUCCCUACGUCGCUGCUACAGCUCGUGAGGAGCUUCCUGCCCUGUGAUUGGUCCAGACAGUCAGGCGGUGAUGUCAUCGGUGAAGGUGGAGAGUGUGGUGGAGGUGAGCGCUCUGGUUGGUGAAGGGCCGGUGUGGGAGGAGCCAGAGCAGACGCUGCUAUUCGUCGACAUCCCAGGUCAUAAGAUCCACCGCUGGAACCCAGCCACCAAUCAGAUCCAGUCUGUGGAGACAGCUGACCCGGUGGGCUUCGCGGUUCCUCGGAGGUCAGGUGGUUAUGUAGCAGGUGUGGGCCGCAGCAUUGUGGCUGUUGAUUGGUCGACUCAGAGCAGGAGAACAGUGUUUUGAGAUCACAGUCACAUCCGUGCACCAGCUGUUGUUGAUGAAGACAAACUGAACACUCGCCUGAACGAUGGGAAAGUGGAUCCGAUUGGACGCCUUUGGGCAGGUACGAUGGUGGCCGAGGGCCAACAGGACGACAGGAAGCAGGGAUCUCUGUUCUCUGUGACCUCUGACCUCACUGUGACCAAACACCUGAGCCAGGUGGACAUCUCUAAUGGGAUGGACUGGUCUCUGGACCAGAAGACGUUUUUCUACAUUGACAGUUUGUCUCUGACUGUUGAUGCCUUCGACUACGACGUGACCACCGGAAAGAUAGGUAACCGUCGUGUGGUAUACCGGAUGCAGGAGGGGGAGGGGCUUCCUGAUGGGAUGACGAUGGACGCUGGAGGUCGUCUCUGGGUGGCGUGUUAUAAUGGAGGACGGGUCAUCAACAUAGACAACGCUACUGGUGUGCGUCUCCAGACCAUCCCCCUUCCUGCCACUAAGACCACCUCGUGUUGCUUCGGAGGUCCAGACUACAGCGACCUCUACGUGACCUCAGCCAGUCUGGGCCUCGACCAAUCAGAGCUCAAGCACCAGCCGCAGGCGGGACACACCUUCAGGGUGACGGGACUCGGGGUCAAAGGUCGACCUUCACACUCGUUCUCUGGAUGACCUCCAGGAGGCGGAGACUCGACCUGUCAUUGAUCACCAUCCAUCCAAUCACAGCACAGAUCACCUGCACUACAGGAUCAAUCAAUAACUGCAUCAAUAACUGGAUCAAUAACUUUAUUAAUGAGGGCUUCACAUUAAUACGGAGCUCACCUGCUGUAUGUGUAGCUAAUGAGCCAAUCAGAAACAUGGAAAAUCUGACAUGAUAGUGGACCAGUCAGAGUCCGAGAACCUUUGGAACUUGAUUAUGAAACUUUUACUGUGGAGGAUUGUGGGUAAUGUAGUGUCUCAAUUAAUAAUCGACAGUCAUGGAGGAUUGUGGGUAAUGUAGUGCCUCAAUUAAUAAUCGACAGUCAUGGAGGAUUGUGGGUAAUGUAGUGCCUCAAUUAAUAAUUGACAGUCAUGGAGGAUUGUGGGUAAUGUAGUGCCUCAGUUAAUAAUAAACAGUUAUGGAGGAUUGUGGGUAAUGUAGUGCAUCAGUUAAUAAACAGUUAUGGAGGA